UUUAUUCUUACAAUCUACCAAAUAAAUCAUGGUUGUGAUUUAAUUACAUAUUACUUUCUAUAAAAAGGGAGCGCGGCAUGAUAAUAUAAAAUUGGAGCGCGGCUUAUUCAAAAUGUUGAUUGAAUUUUAGUGUAAUUGGACAUGUUUUAUCAACAUGUGAAAGCUCAGUUAUGGUCAUUAAAGUUGGUAUAAACGGUUUUGGGCGAAUUGGCAGAGUUAUUUUUAGAACUUGCCACCAAAAUCCAGACUUGGAGGUAGCAGCCAUCAAUGAUCCUGCUAUUGAUGUUGAGUACAUUUGUUACUUGAUAAAAUUUGACUCAACGCAUGGGAAAUUUAGAGGGAGUAUCAUCCAUACUGAAAGUGAAAUUACCGUAGACGAUGCAAAAAUCAAGAUUUUUCACGAGAAGCUGCCAGCGAACGUCCCGUGGCAGUCGGCGGAAGUGCAGUAUGUGGUUGAAGCGUCGGGAAUCUUUACCAGCCUUCAAAAGGCUUCCGGUCACCUGGCUAGUGAAAGUGUCAAAAGAGUGAUUGUAACAGCGCCAAGUGCAGAUGUUCCCAUGGUCAUAUUAGGAGUCAACCACUCUGACCUGGAUUCAGAUAAAAGAGUGAUAUCAAGCGCAUCCAGCACUCUAUACUGCCUGGCGCCGAUAGUGAAGAUCCUGAAUGAUAACUUUGGUGUCAGCGAAGGAUUCCUCACGAGCAUACACGCUAUGACACCCUCUCUGAAGCCUCUAGACGGAUUAUGUUUAAGGGGAAAGCACUGGCGCGACCACCGCAGUAUCCAUCAGAACAUAAUACCAGCUGCGACCGGCGCUUGCAAAGCCCUGGGCAAGAUCAUCCCGCAAGUGAAGGACAAACUGGUUGGCUUGGCGUUCAGAGUGCCUAUUGUCAACGUGUCUGUCUUGGAUCUAACUUUGAGGCUUAACAAGGAAACAUCCUUACAAGAGAUCGCCAAUGCAGUUGAAAAAUACAGCAAGUCUACCAUGCAAAAUAUUGUUAAGAUUUCAAACGAAGAUGCAGUAUCGUCUGACUUCGCCGGCGAUGAGCACUCGUGCAUCAUUGAUGUUGACUCCAGCCUCCAACUCAAGAAAAACUCCUUCAAACUCGUCUGUUGGUACGAAAACGAAUUUUCAUACGCCUGCAGAGUCAUCGACCUCAUACUCUUUUCAGAGAGACAAUUCCUACUACCAGACCCAAGAAACAUAAUGAAUUUUGCCACAAAACGUACAGCUAUUAAGAAACAGAAUGAUAAAGCUGAGGAUAAAAAUAACGAAAUCAAGAGUGAUUUAAGCCAUUCGUCAUCACAGCUAGUUCAUUGUAGAUCGCCAGGACGACCGGUAAAGUUGAGGAAACCGGCGUCUAUUAGUUAUUCAGGCAACUCCCAAGAAACAACAGCAAAUAGUGAUGCGAUAUUCAGAAUUUGGAAUGAUGAUAACGAAACUAACAAACGGGUGAAGGCGCAGAGUUCCAGUUGUCACAAAUGUGAUGAAGCAACUCCCCAUACAAGUCAAAUUCACAGUGUAAAAGCCCACCAGCGUUUAGAAAAUGUAAAAAAAGAAUUUUCCAAAAUGGUGAGUAUUACCGAAAGCUUGUUGAGCAAAUGUAAUAAAAUUCGUGAUAUCAGUUUAUCGGAGAAUGCCUUAGAAGAAAAGGCUAGAGAGAAAAAAAUAUGUGACAUUGAUAAUAAAAAAUCGUUUGAUGGUAAUAUAAUAAAGGAGUCUCCUACGUUUAACCUUAUUUCUGAUAUUUCUGGAGAUUAUAUGUCCAAUAUUGAGGAAAUAAACAGUAGUAAGAAUAAUUUCAGAAGAGAUAACCUCAGUGACUAUAACAAAAAAAGUUCGGCUUUUAUAAGCACAAAUCAAACGGAUAGCGAUUCGCUGAAGCUAAAGGUCUCUGGCAAUAGCGCCGACUUCAGUCAGUUUUCAAAUGACGUUAAAACCAGCUGUUUGAAAAAAAAGAAAGUUGAUCAUUUAUUUCAAGAUCAAGUAGUUCAAACGAUUACGAAUUUAAUAAAUGGGUUGGCACAAAACAUUGAACUAAAUUUUAUAGGCAAGCCACAUACUGACGACGUGACUUGUGACGGACACAAAGUUGAUGAAUAUAAAGACAAUAAUAAGACUCAAUUUUUAAAGAAAUCACCAGAAAACAUUGAUGAUAGCGGGUUUGUUUCGCCAGUCAAAAAUAGAACUAGUCAAGCCUGUGUAUUUAAUGAUGAAAUUAUUUUGUCAAAAUUGGAAGAGAAAUCUCAAGUAGAAGUUGAAAUUAAAUCCUUAGAUUUGACUUCGUCAGACAAUGCAACAGCACCAGGAAAAUGCAUUAGAACAGCAUCAGAUGACCAAUCGCCAAAAGUCAGUCAUAGUAAAAGCACGACUAACACGGACUGUUUUACAGCAACAAAAUCUUUUGAUAAACCUAACAAAAGUCUAGAGAUACCGGCGGAAAUUUUGAAUAAUCUCAACAGACUUUUAACAGAUCCCGUGAUAAUUGUGCCAGACAGUUCAAAAUGUGCAAGUUCAACAUUGACUGCAUCUGGAAACAGUGAAACCGGUAGAAAAGUUGAUUUAUAUGAUAAACUUGAUAGCGUCAGUGCUAGCGAUUCCGAUAACUCAUUUCAAAUACACGAAAGAAAAUCUCAAGUUAUCAAUAUAGCAGAUUUGACAAAUUCAAUAGAAGAUUUGGUGCGUUUAGACAAAAUUUGCAGGAUCAUUGAAAUAUCGGACGAGCUAUCAGACAAAUUGUUUUCCACUUUGGGAAGCACGGACAGCGCCGCGAUACAAAAAACCAAGUGGUCAUUCAAAGAUUUAUGUCAAAGAAUAAAAUUGGAUGAGUUUUGUAACAAAUUGUUUUCCGGUCAGUCGUGUCAUUGUGAUAAAAAAAAUUAGUGUUUUUUAAAUAAAAAUUCUUUAUUUAAUUGAUAU